AUGGCCAGCCUAGGAUCAGCUUUCAGCCGAUUCCUUUCUCUAUUCAUUCUCCUCCUCCACCUCGGCUGCUUCGUUUUCCUCCCCAGAGACCGAGAUCCCUCCUCCCACCACCCUCCACCCACCUCAAGGAAGCGCAAAACCACUUCACCCCUCGCCGGCGACCACUCCCCUCCGCCGGCGACCCGCCUGAGACAAUCCACCACCGCCACCAAAGCCCUCGUCUCCUCCUGGUCAUACAUCAAACGCGUAUUCUCCUGCAAACCCACUAAUCCCCUGCCUCCGCCUCCCCCACUUUCCCCUGCCCUAACCUCCGCCAGAUCGUCCCAGAAAUCAAUCGUCUCCAUGAUCGCUCCCGACCAAAUCAUCAAUUCGUUCCCGGAAGAAGACGGUGCGACAAAUCCUCCUCUCCCGCCGCAAGAAUCGGACAUCUCCACCGCCGACCAUCAUUUCCCGCUCCGAAACGACAUCUUCCCCUGCACCGCCUGCGGCGAGAUUCUCCCCAAGCCGGGCCUCCUCGAGCAGCACCUCGCCGUCAAGCACGCCGUCUCCGAGCUCCGGGACGGCGACUCCGGGAACAACAUCGUCCGGAUCAUAUUCAAGGCCGGGUGGUCUUGCAAGGAGAAAACCCCUGAAAUCCGCCGGAUCCUCAAGAUCCACAACAGCCCCAAGAUCCUGACCCGGUUCGAGGAGUACAGGGAGUUGGUCAAAUCCAAGGCCUCCAAAAUCGGAGGAGAAGGGCGGAGGAGGGACGAGCGAUGCAUAGCCGACGGGAACGAGCUGCUGAGGUUCCACUGCGCGACUUUCGUCUGCGAUUUGGGGCUAAACGGCGGGUUCGGGUUCGGGUCGGGUUUCAGCAGCAGCAGCAGCCUCUGCAACCAGCAGUACUGCAGCGUAUGCGGGAUAAUCAAGUCCGGAUUCUCGCCGAAGAUGGACGGGAUAUCGACGCUUUCCACCAGCUGGCGGGCGCACGCGGCGAUUCCGGAGGAGAUCGAGGAGGAGUUCCAGUUCAUGAAUGUGAAGCGGGCGAUGCUGGUCUGCCGGGUCAUCGCGGGCCGGGUCGGGUCGGAGAUGGAGGAGGAGGAGGAGGAGGUGGACAAGGAUGGCGGCGGGUUCGAUUCCUUGAUGGGGAGAGCAGUCGGCGGCGGGGAUGAUGGUGGUGGGCUCCAUCAUGCCAAGCUGGACGAAGAGGAGCUGUUGGUUUUUAAUCCGAAGGCUGUGCUUCCUUGCUUUGUGAUUGUAUAUACCGUGUGA